AUGGCUGCCUCUCUUUUAAGCAGACAACCUUCUUUCCACACCCGAUCUAACAGCUUCCCCUCUAGACGACACCCUCUCACUUCACAAAUUGAUGAGCAUUUAUGCAGAGUAAGAUCUUCUAGAUUAGCCUCUACAUCAUCAUCAUCAAUAAACAAUAAACUAAAUGAUCUUCAGGAUUUGCAUGAAUGUGUUAAUAGGCUGCUUCAGUUGCCGCUCACCCAGCAAGCCUUAGCCCAAGAACAGUACAGGAAUUGGGGUGAAGCUAUUCUUGAUGGUUCCCUUAGGCUCUUGGAUGUCUGCUGCAUAUCAAAGGACUUGUUGCUGCAAACAAAGGAGAGUACACAUGAACUUCAAUCCAUUUUGCGGAGAAGAGGUGGUGAAGUUAGUAAAUGCAUGGCCACUAGGAAGACCAUCAUGAAGGCAAUCAACAAGGCCUGGGAGAAUAUCAAGGCAACGGAAGCUAAAAGCAGAUUUCUUUCUUCCACAGACAAUGAGAGCAUGGCAGUAGUUAGUACAUUAAAAGAAGUGGAAUCUGACACCCUUUCUUUCUUCGAAUCGUUGUUGUCCUUUAUGUCGGGUAACAGGUUUCAAUCCAAGAUAAAAGGCUGGCCUCUCGUUUCCAAGUUAAUGCAACCCAAAAGGAUCAUGUUUGAGGAAUCAGAUUCAGAAGUUAAUGAAUUUCAGAAGGUGAACACAACACUAAACAGUCUCGUUGGCCACAGGUCAAUCAAUUUUGAAAAAUUGAAGCAUAGUGAGAAUUUGCUAAAUCAGCUCAAAGACCUGGAAUUGUGCAUUCAAGAUCUAGAAGACAGACUUGAAUGCCUGGCUAGGCAUUUGUUCAAAACUAGAGUCUUCCUUCUCAACAUUUUGAACCACUAG